AUGAAGCUCACCAAGAGCCAUGGAGGAGAGCAUGAGGAGGACACCCAUGGGGCUGGGAAGGAGCCGCAUUCUGAGCAACUCGCCACGAAUGACAGAGCAGAAGGUCUUGAGAUGGGAGAUGGGUCCAAAGCCAUGUUUGAAAGGACAAGGCAGGGGGGCAUUUUAAAGACCUUCAUUAGUCUACCCAAAGACCAAAUGGGGAGUUCUAGGAAGGCUAACAGAAUGACGCAGACAGACCCAUGCCCAGGCCACAGAAUGAAUGCUGAGGACACAGGCAAAUUAUUCCCGGGGAAAGGAAUCCCAAGAAUUGCAAAAGUAAAGUGUAGAGAGUGUGGACGAGGCUUUAGUAAGAAAUCAAUCCUCAUUAUACACCAGAGGACACACUCAGGGGAGAAGCCCUAUGUCUGCAGGGAGCGUGGGAAGGGUUUUAGCCAGAAAUCAAACCUCAUUAUACACCAGAGGACACACUCAGGGGAGAAGCCCAAUGUCUGCAGGGAGUGUGGAAGAGGAUUUAGUCAGAAGUCAGCCCUCAUCAGACACCAGAGUACACACUCAGGGGAGAAGCCCUAUGUCUGUAGGGAGUGUGGGAAAGGAUUUAGUCAGAAGUCAGCCCUCAUCAGACACCAGUGGACACACUCAGGGGAGAAGCCCUAUGUCUGCAGGGAGUGUGGGAGAGGCUUUAGUGGGAUGUCAGUCCUCACUAUACACCAGAGGACACACUCAGAGGAGAAUCCCUAUGUCUGUAGGGAGUGUGGGCGAGGCUUUAGUGCUAAGUCACACCUCAUUAGACACCAGAGGACACACUUGGGGGAGAAACCCUAUGUCUGCAAGGAGUGUGGGAGAGGAUUUAGUCAGAAAUCACACCUCAUUAUACACCAGAGGACACACUCAGGGGAGAAACCCUAUGUUUGCAAGGAGUGUGGGAGAGGAUUUAGUCAGAAAUCACACCUCAUUAAACACCGGAGGACACACUCAGGGGAGAAGCCCUAUGUCUGCAGGGAGUGUGGGAGAGGAUUUAGUGCUAAGUCACACCUCAUUAUACACCAGAGGACACACUCAGAGGAGAAGCCCUAUGUCUGCAGGGAGUGUGGACGAAGCUUUAGCCAGAAGUCAAACCUCAUUAAACACCAGAGGACACACUCAGGGGAGAAGCCGUAUGUCUGCAAGGAGUGUGGGAGAGGAUUUAGUCAGAAGUCAGUCCUCAUCACACACCAGAGGACACACUCAGGGGAGAAGCCCUAUGUCUGCAAGGAGUGCGGGAGAGGAUUUCGUCAGAAGUCAGCCGUCAUCAGACACCAGAGGACACACUCAGGGGAGAAGCCCUAUGUCUGUAGGGAGUGUGGACGAGGCUUUAGUCAUAAGUCAAACCUCAUUAAACACCAUAGGACACACUCAGGGGAGAAGCCCUAUGUCUGCAGGGACUGUGGACGAGACUUUAGUCAUAAGUCAAACCUCAUUAGACACCAGAGGACCCACUCAGGGGAGAAGCCGUAUGUCUGCAGGGACUGUGGGAGAAGAUUUAGUCAGAAGUCACCCCUCAUUAGGCACCAGAGGACACACUCUGGGGAGAAGUCCUAUAUCUGCAGGGAGUCUGGGCGAGACUUUGGUGAUAAGUCACACCUCAUUGGACACAGGAGAAGAAAAUACUGCCAACAAACACCUCCAUCUCCCCAGCUUUGA